AUGGAGGACCUAUCGGAUGAAUACGUGCACCUUCUCGAUCGCGUUGCUUUCGCCUUCACCACCCGAAUCCCCUCUCGCCGUCGGCUCGCAAAGCGUAUGCAGCACAUUAAUAGGAGUCUUCAGGAGAUGUACAACCGGGCGUCACAGCUCGGCAUCCGGGGGCUGCCGUCCUCUGCUUCGUCUUCCUCAGGCAUGGAUGCAACUCUUGCUCGAAGGUUUGAGCUGGACGCGGAUGUGGUGGGCUUUGAAGAAGACGUGGAAGUCAUCACGAAACAGCUUUGUGAUCUCGGCAGACAAGUCUUGACUAAGAUCAUGAAGCAACUCAUGGGUCUGGAAUUCGAUCAGGUUCAGGAUAUGGAUGAACAAGAGAUGAAGAAGGAAAUCAAGGUGCACUUACAAGGGACAAAGGAUGUGGACCAAAAACCUAGAUAUCAGCAUAGUGAAUUGAUACAAGAGUGGGUAAGCCAGAUUCGAAGUUUGGCCUAUGACAUAGAGGAUGUGGUGGACGAGUAUACAUUGCGAGUGGGCCGAUUAAGGCGGAAAUGUAGCCUCAAAUGCAUUGCUAAUCUCCCAACCCGAAUUCUUGCUCGUUAUCAGCUUGCAAAGAGCUUGCAACGCAUCAAUAGGAAUCUUCAAGAGACGUCCAAACAUGCCUCCGAGCUUGGCAUCCAAGGUAUUCCAUCCUCGUUUUUGUCUCCUAUCAAGGACACAAAUCUUACUCUUAGAUAUGAUGUAGCAGAGGAUGUGGUAGGCUUUGACCACGAUAUCCAAGUCAUCACGUAUCAGCUAUGUGAUCUCCAUGUAACACGACGUGCCGUCAUUUCCAUCGUCGGCAUGGGUGGUUCGGGCAAAACCACACUUGCCAACAAAGUCUACAAUAGCCAAGCUGUCAAAGAUCAUUUUCAGUGUCGGGCAUGGAUAGUUGUGUCACAAUCGUAUACGGCUAGAGAACUCUUGACCAAUAUCAUGAAGGAAACUAUGAAUAUAGGCAACGGUCAAACUAGGGAAAUGGAUGAACGAGAGAUGAAGAACAAGAUCAGGGAGCAUUUAAAAGGAACAAGGUAUCUGGUGGUGAUGGAUGAUAUCUGGAAGGUUUCAGAUUGGGAAACAAUGAAGACAGCCUUUUCCGAAGAAUUCACAGCAUCGCGAGUACUGCUCACCACACGUAAAAUGGAUGUUGCCGAAACUGCAGACCCGGACAGGCCUCCGCACCAUCUCAAACUUCUCGAGUCGGAGGAAAGUUGGACUUUGUUCUGCAAAAAAGCAUUUUCUAAUGCAUGUUGCCCACCUCAUUUGCAGCAUCUUCAGGAUAAAAUCAUCCAAAAAUGUGGCGGAUUACCUCUGGCGAUCGUGGUUUUAGCCGGGCUGCUACGGAGGAAGCAUGAAGCUUACGAGUGGAGCCAAACCUUGGAACGUAUUUCUCAUGCACCUAACAAAACCGAUGAUCAAACUCACAAAAUAUUAGCUCUCAGUUACAAUGAUCUACCUCAUCAUCUCAAGUCUUGCUUUCUUUAUUUUGCUGCAUUCCCCGAGGACUACGACGUCGACGCUGAAAGGUUGAUGUGUUUAUGGAUUGCCGAGGGUUUCGUAGGAUCAGACCUGGAGGGUCAAACAAUGGAGGACCUGGCAGAGAUGUAUUUGAUAGAGCUUAUCAACAGGUGCAUGAUACAGGUGGGAAGAAGGAAUGAGAUUGGGAGUGUGGGAUCUGUUCCAGUCCAUGAUCUACUGCUGGACCUGGCUCGUUAUGAAGCUAGAAAACUCAAUUUUUGCAGAUCCAUUAGCGACAAAGGCGAUUCAACUGAUCUACGACGUCUUAGUAUCACAGUGGAAGAGGGGGCGAUGCCUUGCCUCAGAGAAUUACAUCUUUGGUACUGCUCCAACAUGAGAAUGCUUCCGGAGGGACUGCGAGGACUCACCCAACUGAAGCUAUUUGACCUUAAUGGAAUGCCAGUAAUCGAGAGAAGGAUCGAGAAGGAUACUGGGGAGGAUUAUUACAAGAUCCAGCACGUGCCUUCCAUUAACAUGCCGGACUAA